GAAAACAAAAGUACACUCACAAUGUCUCUCCUGCGGCGAUCUGGGCCAAGGCUAUGCCGCCAAUUCCAACGACGCGCAUAUUCAGCCGCUCAGACACCAGUGCUCAAGGUUACAAGCGUCCCAGCCCCAGGUUCUGGCAGCAUUCGUAUCCUGUCUCUCAAUCGCCCGGCAGCGCGCAAUGCAAUUUCAAGACAAUUGCUCGCGGAGCUGAACAACCAAGUAACAAGUAUUGAAGGCGAAGGAGAAACAGGGUCAACAAGAGCCCUGAUCCUGGCCAGUGAAGUGGACUCGAGUUUCUGUGCGGGCGCAGACUUGAAAGAAAGAGCCACAUUCACGCAAGAAGAUACAGCAAACUUUCUGUCAGGCCUCCGAGGCACCCUCACACAGAUUCAAAAUCUACCAAUACCUACAAUAUCCGCGCUCGCAGCACCCGCCUUUGGCGGUGGUCUCGAACUAGCACUCACUACACACUUGCGCAUUUUCGCAUCCACCACAAUCGUAGCCCUCCCCGAGACACGACUGGCCAUCAUCCCCGGCGCAGGAGGAACAUACCGUCUCCCCGCGCUGAUCGGUCUCACACGCGCCCGCGACCUGAUCCUGACAGGACGAAGAGUUGGCGGACCUGAAGCGUACUUCCUCGGCUUGUGCGACAGACUCGUCGAAGUAACGCCAGAAGAAGCACAGCAGGAGGGCGCGGCGCGGAAGAAGGUGCUGGACGAGGCGAUCAAACUUGCACGGCAAAUCUGCGAGGGAGGCCCCAUUGCGAUCAAGGCCGCGAUUCAAGCGAUCGAGAGAUGUGGGUUGGGUGAGAAGGCCGAGAAUGCUGCGUAUGAACUCGUUGUUAGGACAAAGGAUCGCGAUGAGGCGUUGGUUGCGUUUAGAGAGAAGAGGAAACCUGUUUUCAAGGGUCAUUAGACACAAUAUCUCAGAAGGAAAGCUUUCGAGAAUUCAAUUUCUCCUUCGCUAUUGCGAUGCAAUGGUUAUAUUGCAUUGUGAAGUCAGACUUCUCCUGCGUCUCGCCCACCCACCCCUCACAUCUUCGAUUUGAUCUCCUCCAACAGUUUCUUCAACUCAUCUUUAUCCGCCGGCUUGGUAGGCCACCCAACAGUCAAUCCUUCCUCCUUGUUUGGCUUGGGAAUCAAAUGGAAGUGCAC